AAGGAGUUCAAUCAGGAGACGUUCUGGAGAAGACUCAAUGAGGCAGCUGUGAAAGUGUCAAGGGAAGCCACGACCCUGACUGAAGUUUUCUCUCGACUUCCACUGCCGCUGCCGGCCUCGCAGGAAACCCAGAGGCUCUGUGAACAAGUCCAUGCUGCCAUCAAGGCAGUUAUUGCGGUAUACUAUUCACUUCCCAAGGAUCAGGGAAUCACCCUGAGAAAGCUGGUUCGGAAUGCCACUGUGGACAUCGUGGAUGGCAUGGCUCAGCUUGUGGAAGUGCUCUCCAUCACUCCAACUCAGAGCCCCGAGAACAGUGACCUUAUUUCUUGCAAUAAUGUCUGGGUUGCGUGCCAGCAGGUGCCUCAGAUACCAAGAGAUAACAAAGCUGCAGCCCUUUUAAUGCUGACAAAGAGUGUGGAUUUAGUGAAGGAUGCACAUGAGGAAAUGGAGCGGGCUGUGGAAGAAUGUGACCCUUAUCAGGGCCUCUUGAAUGAUGUUGAGGAGGACAACUCUGACAACCAUGGUGAUGAACAAGAUGAUGUAUUGGGGUGUCCAAACAAUCAGGACUCAUAUUGGUCAGAGGAAGAUCAAGAGCUCAUAAUCCCAUGCCUUGCACUGGUGAAAGCAUCCAAAGCCUGCCUGAAGAAAAUCCGGGUCUCAGUGGCAGAGAAUGGGAAGAAAGACCAGGUGGCUCAGCUGGACGACAUUGUGGAUAUUUCUGAUGAGAUCAGCCCUAGCGUGGAUGACUUGGCUCUGAGUGUAUAUCCACCUAUGUGCCACCUGACUGUGCGAAUCAGUUCUGCGAAACUUGUGUCUGUUCUAAAGAAGGCACUUGAAAUUACAAAAGCAAGUCAUGUGACCCCAGAGCCAGAAGAUAGUUGGAUCCCUUUACUCAUUAAUGCCGUGGAUCAUUGCAUGAACAGAAUCAAGGAACUCACUCAGAACGAACUUGAAUCAUAAGUUUUCAGCCUCAUUUGUCCUCUCUCUUUUUCUUACUGUCACAGCCAGGCUCUGGUGUCUGCUUUUAAAAUGGGGCUACAAUGCUUUCUGGUUUGAAAGGGAGUUUCUGUCUGUGCUCAUUAAGAGACACUAUUACCAAAGAUUGUUGGUGAGGCCAGACUGGCAAUUAUUUGUAAAACGUGAGUAUGAUAUAUUUUUCUGUGUUAGGUACAAAAGAUAAUCGCAUGAGUGUGUGCUCCCAGAUUGCCUCCCAGAGACCCCUGGGGAAGCUGCCUUAUUCCUUAUUUGCAAUAAAGUGUGUUGUUUCAUUGUUAAAGAUGUUGACAGUCUCAAUAAAAUGCUAACCUGCCAGUGGUUAAAUGAGUACCCUCCCACAGUUUCUACCAGAAAUACAGGUUGAGACUAAAACAUUGCUUUCCUUUGAGCGUGUAGGUCUGAAGAUCUGAUUCUGAUCAGAAGUACACUUAGAAUAAAACACUUGACUGUAAA